AUAUCCACAACUGUAUCGUCCAAAUUUCGUCUCCUCUCUCUCUAACCUUACUUCCAUCAUCAACACAAAUCCAUCCUUUAGCUGUAACUGCAACUUCAAUCGCUAAGCUUCCUUCCUUCCUUCCUUAGUAUGCAAUCGCAAUGCCGCUGUGAUAAUCAGGCGAGACUGUCUCAACCUGUCAGCAUUUAUGGCUGAAUUUUUCCAUACCUUAAUCGAUUCUCGAUCUUUUAACGCUUUAUCUCUCCUCAUACCAUGUCCAUCACCUUCCAAAUCUUUCUCUACUCUUCCAGUUCACUCUCCUCGCACUCUUACAAGAAUUAGAAGAAGUUCCAGGAAUCGUUUUGCUGUCUCCGCUAAAUCCACAUCCUCGUCAUCGGCUUUGGAUGUCAUUUCUACCUCUGAGAAUUCUGAUGGCAGCAUUUUGUUUCGGUUUGGUGAUCCGAGUGAGGUGAGUCGCAGAAUCAGAGAGGAAAGUGAUAAAAAACUGAACAGCCUCAAGGUUUUGGAUGGAGAACAAGAGAAGCAUGUCACGAGAGACGCCUCUACAAUAUCUGCUAAUGAUGUUACAGAAACUACUCAUGAAAGAGAAGUACCUGCUUCUGAAGUGGUUGAUAUUGAGACAAAUGGUUCUUCUGGCUCCGAGGAUCAUCAAUGUGUUUCUGCCUCUGCAGUGUGUAACUCAAGUAGCACUGAAGUAGUUCUUGGUCUUCAAGUAAAUGAGGAGCAGAGUGCUGUUGUGAAUGACUUAGAUGACUUAACUGUAGCACAUGAUGAUGUUCCUCAGCUUGAUGAAAAUGGUAACACAGAGAAGGGUGGAAGUGCACUGCAAGAGAUUCUUCAAGAAGGGAGUAAAGGAGAAAGUGCACCUUCAUUAAAUAAGUCAAGUGUUUUGAUUUCCGAGUUACCGAGUGGUAGUGCAGGAGAGAGUAGUAUCAACCAUAAUGAUACCACAAAAGUCCAUCAAUCAGAAGAUCUUGUGGUGGAUGCUAACCUGAACUUUGAUAAUGAAGAAGCUGUUGGAUUGAGUAACAUUAUUCAGGUUGCACCAGAAUCCAAGGUCGUUGGGACUGAAUCCGUGCUUGAUCAAGAAGUUAGAGGUGGCAUGCCAGGAGAAUUACUUGACACAAAGGAACUACUGCUUUCUCAACCUAUUCUUGUUGAAGAAGUUAGUCAUGAACCAGAAGGGGUUCAGGUUGCACCAGAAUCCAAGGUGGAUGGGACUGAAUCCAUGCUUGAUCAAGUAGUUAGAGGUGACAUGCCAGGAGAGUUACUUGACAAAAAGGAACUACUGCUUUCUCAACCUAUUCUUGUUGAAGAAAUUAGUCAUGAACCAGAAGGGGUUGUAGUUGGGGCUGAAUCAGUGCUUGAUCGAGAAGUUAGUCAUGAACCAGAAGGGGUUGUGCUUGUGGCUCAAUCUGUGCUUGAUCAAGAAGUUAGUGGUGACAUGCCAGGCGAGUUACUUGACACAAAUGAACUACUUUCUCAACCUAUUCUUGUUGAAGAGGUUAUUCAUGAACCAAAAGCGAUUGAGGUUGCACCAGAGUCCAAGGUAGUUGGGGCUGAAUCUGAGUUUGAUCAAGAAGCUAGCAGUGACAUUCCAGAAGAGUUACUUGGCACGAAGGAACUACUUUCUCAACCUAUUCUGUUACUUGACAUGGAGGAACUACCUUCUCAACCUAUUCUUGUUGAAGAGGUUAUUCAUGAACCAAAAGCGAUUGAGGUUGCACCAGAGUUCAAGGUUGUUGGGGCUGAAUCUCAGUUUGAUCAAGAAGUUAGCAGUGACAUUCCAGAAGAGUUACUUGACACAAAGGAACUACUUUCUCAACCUAUUCUUGUUGAAGAAGUUAGUCAUGAACCAGAAGGGUCACUUGAAACAAAAGAGUAUGAACAGUCACAGAUCUAUGUCACUGCUGCCAAUGAAACAGCUGAUGUCCAAAACAAUGGUUCUACUAGACCAAUGGAUGCUGCAGAAUUUGUGAAAACAGAAGAAACUGAUCUUGUAGAAUCUCUAGGAUAUGGACUGUUUAAAAGGGAGACAGUGGAUACCCACUUUAGUGAACAGACUAAUGACCUUAUAGCUCCAGCUGAAACUGAGACAGAGGAAACCGAUUUUCCUGGGGAGAAUAACAAUCUUGUGGAAUCAUCAGAACAGACCACGAUCUCUAGGGAGAAAAUGCCAAGGGAGGCAUAUGUUAUACAUUGUGGUGUUUCAUUGUUUCCACAUCCCAAGGCAUUGACAGGUGGAGAGGAUGCUUAUUUUUUAGCUGGGAGCUGGUUUGGUGUGGCUGAUGGAGUCAGUGAUUGGUCAAUAGAAGGGAAUAGUCCAGGAAUUUAUGCCCGAGAAUUGAUGGAGAAAUGUGCAAAUAUAACCUCAAAUAACUCAGGGACUAGUCCAGUGGAUGUUAUUAAGAGAAGUGUUAAUGAAUCAGCAUCUCGUGGAUUAUCAACAAUUUUGGUAGCUCACUUUGAUGGUCAGGUGCUUCGUGUGGCAAAUAUUGGAGACUCGAGAAUUAUAGUGAUAAGAAAUAACUCCAUCUAUAAAAGGUCUCUGCCAAUGCAUCAUGAAUUUAACUUUCCUCUACUGAUUGGAAAUGGUGAUAAUCCCUUCAAAUUUGUAGAGGAGGACAUGAUUGAACUGGAUGAUGGUGAUGUGGUUAUUACAGCAACUGAUGGUCUGUUUGACAAUGUCUAUGAGGAAGAGAUUAAAUCAAUAAUCUCCAAAUCAUUGCAAGCUCAAUCAAAACCCCAGGAAAUAGCGGAAAUCCUUGCCUUGAGGGCACAAGAGGUAGGGAAAUCGGUAACUUGCAGGAGUCCAUUUGCAGACGAAGCUCGUGCAGCUGGGUAUGAAAAAUAUGCUGGUGGAAAGCUGGACGAUGUUACCGUAAUUGUAUCUUUGGUAAAAACAAACAUAUCAUGAGAUCAUUCAUCAUCUCAUGCACUGAUUCUCGUUGCCAAACUCUCUCUCAUCCCCCGAGGAAACCCUUUUACCUUUCUUGUUCGUUCGUCUCCUUCAACUGUAUAAGAAGCCCCCACCCACCAUAGAAACCCUGACUAGCAUCUUCCAUUUUCCUUCUUCU